CCGUGGUCGCUGUACCUGCCGGUGUUCGCCGACGCCGCGUCCCCCUGCGGCGUCGCGGUGGCCGCCAUGGCCUCCGCCCUCGAGGGGAGCGUCUCCCAAAAGGAAGACUUGCUCGGAGUCUUGCAGAUGGUGGACUCGUGGGCGAAGGCGCGCGACGGCCUCCUCUACGGCGUGCCCUUCGUGCUGGGCGUCGGGUCCUACGGCGAGUGCCUCCGCGCGCGCGCCCCCGACCUCGACAUCAAGGGAAAGUACUGCUCUGUCGUAUUUACAGAUGACCCGAGCUUCAACGGCACUCGGACGGAGGUCGACGGCGCGCUGCGUGUCGCCCAGACCUCGGCCAGCGUCAACGUGGGGUUAUACUCGCAAUACGGCACAUGCAUACCCGACGCCUGCUCAGAGGAAGACAUGGUGGAGAGCCUAAGUGUUGCUGUCGGAGGACGCAAAGUGGCGGGCGUCUUCUGCCAGACUUUGGACGAAGCGCCGGAGUUCACUGCGGCGGAUAUCGCUAUGAUAAGUUUCCUGAGCGUGAUGCUGGCUCUCAUGGCGGCCGGCACUGUCGCGGACCUGUACCUCCGGGCCACCUCGACGGCGCCUGCGACGGGCGUGCGCUUCCUGCUGCCCUUCUCGCCGUACACCAACCUGGAGAAAAUGUUCCACGUGACGACCGAGUCUCGCCCGGGGGUCAUCUCCUGCCUGCACGGGAUGAGGGUUUUGUCUAUGACCUGGGUAAUCAUCGGCCACCAGUAUGUCUUCGAUACACUCUUCAGCGUGAACUUGCAACACCUCCAGAAGUGGACCACCAGCCUGGUCUUCCAAGUCAUUGCCAACGCGUCUCUGAGCACGGACUCCUUCUUCUUCCUGUCGGGGCUUCUGGUGAGCUACGGGGUCCUGAAGGAGAUCAAGAGGACUGGCAGAGUCGAUAUCAUUAUGUAUUAUGUGCACAGAAUUAUCAGGUUAACGCCGCCGAUAGCUGUCGUUACGCUCUUUCUCGGGACACUGUUCAGGUUCCUCGCUUCUGGCCCUAUGGCGUAUUACGUGACCUCGAUGUACACAAUCUGCUCUAGCAAAUGGUGGUUUGAUGUCCUCUAUGUCAAUAAUUUCCUCGCCUUUAAUGAGACCACCAAUCAGAUAACUGAUUGCCUCGGCCAGUGCUGGUACACCGCCGCGGACACACAGAUGUACCUGGUGGCUCCCCUCGUGCUGUUUCCCCUCGCCUACUCCCCUGCAAAAGGAAAGCUUCUUUUGUAUGUGGUCACUUUAGCAUCAGCCGUUAUCCCUGCUGCGGUUAUCUAUGUCAACGAUUUCCCACCUGGAUCGAUAAUAGGUGGUGAUGAAAACGUCGACAAUUCGGGUUACCAAAAGCUCGUGUACUACAAGCCCUGGUGCCGCAUGAGCGCCUACGUCGUAGGUAUCUGGGCUGGCUACAUCAUCUUUAAACAGGACUCAAAGAAACUCCACCUCUCGCCUAUGCAGGUGGUAUCGGGGUGGACAGUGGCCACGUUCUCGGCUUUGGCAGCGUUACUCGGCAUGUGGAGUUACAACCAGCUGUCAGUGGAGUUUGCCUUCGACCCCGUGACCCAGGUCUUGUACGGCGGUCUGCACAGGGGGGUCUGGUGCGCGUCCCUGGCUUGGGUCGUGGUGGCUUGUCAUUGUGGCUAUGGAGGUGUGGUGAACGACUUCCUGUCCCAUCCCACGUGGCAGCCUCUUUCUCGCCUCACGUACAGCAUAUACCUCGUCGCUCUCCCUAUACAGCUUCUGGCAACUUUCAACCUUAAGGACGUCGUUUACUUCUCACACAUAGACAAGAUAAUCCACGCAUUGGGGGCCAUCUUCAUCUCGAUCGUGGCUGCCGUGCUGCUCUCGCUCACGGCCGAGGCUCCGAUCCUGGGUCUGGAGAAACUCAUUUUCAGAAGACCUGGUCGGGGGGAAGACAAACCCAAACCCCCUUCUCCAAAAGACGAUAAGGGUCACGAUAACCUCGCUUUCUCCGACGAAAUGACCGAGAAAGUCGGCACCGAACAAGGACACAUGAUAAUGGAGGGCGUGUGUGAUACUGACCCUAAGCCAUCGACCCUGAAGGAGGAGGAGAUGGAGACUGUGACACGGUUUUAGGGCUCGUGAAGGGAAGGGUCUGGUUGGGUCUGAUGGCUUCAGGUUGGGGUCUCUGGCAGUAUUUCUCUACCUCCUCCUCUUCUUCUUCUUCUUCUCUGUAUUUGUUUCUGUUUUGUUUGUUUUUUCGGUUAUAGAAAAGCUUGGUGACACGUUUCUUUGGUGAAAUCAAGAAAAAAAAUAAAGUUGGCCUAUAUUGUCUGUUCUUAGAA